AUGAACCGACAGCAGGCGGAGGAGGGCGCGAGCGCGCGCGUCAAGACGACGCUGGCCGAGGCGGCGUCGCCGCUGUCCGCUCUGGCGGACGACGUGCUGCUACAGAUCCUGGGACGGCUGGAGGCGGACCCGCGGGACUGGGCGCGGGCCUCCUGCGCGUCCCCGCGCCUCGCCGCGCUGCUCCGGGCCGCCUGCCUCCCGCCGCGCCUGUCGCGGGCGCUCCCCGCCGAGCUCCUCCCCGCGCCGCCACCGGACGGGGCGCCCGCGGCCUGGGCGGCGCUCCACAAGCUCUCCGUCUGCUGCCCGGGGCUCCUCCGCGCCGGGGUGCUCCUCGAGCCCACCGACGAUUUCGGGCUCGAGCUCGACAUCGGCCCUGACGUCCCCAUCUGCGCUGGCCCCACUGACGCCGCCGCCUCCGUCGACGGGUUCGAGGCCACGGCCACCUCUCGCGACCGCGGGGCCGGGGGCGACGUCGUCGCGGCCAGGGGGAGCGCGCCCGCCGCCGGCGAAUCUGCCAACGCCGCUGCGUGGUCGCUCUACGACGAUCUGUACCUCGACGCGGCAUACGACUGCUCGUCCGAGCCGCAGAUCCCGCCUGCCGCUGCGGAACCCGCCUCGCCGCCCCCGCCCGUGGCGGCGAUCCGCGACGUGGACGAAGCAACGACCACAAAUGCUGCCUCAUGCGGCGGCGUCGCCCGGCGCGGCGUGGUGGCCGGGAGCCGACGGCAUCCGCGGCGGUGGCUGGGCACCGUGGGCGCGCACCUGGCGUCGGGGUCCUGGACGCUGAGCCGCGAGCAGGGGAACAAGCUCCUCGCCAGCCGCUUCCGCGGCGACCGGCUCUACCUCUGCGACUGGCCCGGGUGCGUGCACGCCGAGGAGCGACGAAAGUACAUGGUCUUCCGCGGCGUGUUCCACAACUUCGCCCGGUCCCAGGUGCGGCGCGCGCUCAGGGACACACGCCACCCCACCGUCGCCGUCGAGUGCGCCUUCUGCGGCUGCAAGGAGGCCUGGGACCUCUACUCGGCCUUCUGCCUCCGCGGUUUCUACGGCUACCACGACGACGGCGAGCCCGUCAUGCGCGCCUACGUCUGCGAGAACGGCCACGUCGCGGGCGCCUGGACCGAGCGCCCGCUCUACUCCUGA